UGUUUGAAAAUUUUUAAAUCUGCAUCGACACAGCUCCUCCCCACGUGCGCCAUUUUUAGUACUUCCAGAUAAAGGCAGAUAUAGUACUUUAAAACUCUUCUUAGAAUGUCUGUAGUUCCUACUACAUCCGAGGGAACAUUUGAUGAGGUUGCAGAAGAGAGGGUCAUUAACGAAGAAUAUAAAAUAUGGAAAAAGAACACUCCGUUUCUCUACGACCUUGUCAUGACACACGCACUAGAGUGGCCUAGCCUUACCGUACAAUGGCUACCAAGCAUUCAAAAACCUGAAGGUAAAGAUUUCACCGUUCAGAAGCUACUGCUAGGAACACAUACCAGUUCCGAUGAACAGAAUCAUGUGGUUAUUGCUAAUGUCAAGCUACCCAAUGAAGAUGCACAGGUUGAUGCCAGCAGAUACGACAGUGACAGAGGAGAGUAUGGCGGGUUUGGAUCAGUUGCUGGUAAGAUUGAGAUUGAAGUCAAAAUAAAUCACGAAGGAGAAGUAAACAGGGCUCGUUAUAUGCCACAAAGCCCUUUGGAGGGAGGGAGGGAAAGAGCAACAGAAGAAUGUUUAUAUGUAAUGAUGCAAGUGUCAUGUAACUCAAGUUUACAAAACAACACUUGUACUGUAUUUGUUAUCCUUUUCCUCUUCAGUUGGGAUGUCAGAGUCUCAAACACUUCUAAAGCUACGCAUGUAGUAGAGGCCCACACUGCUGAGGUCAAUUGUUUAGCAUUCAAUCCUUACAGUGAGUAUAUCCUAGCAACUGGUUCUGCUGAUAAAACUGUUGCUUUGUGGGAUAUGCGUAAUCUAAAGAUGAAGCUUCAUUCAUUUGAGUCACACAAAGAUGAGAUAUUUCAGGUCCAAUGGUCCCCACAUAACGAGACUAUACUUGCAUCAAGUGGUACUGACAGGAAACUCAAUGUCUGGGAUUUGAGUAAAAUUGGAGAGGAACAGUCACAAGAAGAUUCUGAGGAUGGUCCACCAGAAUUAUUGUUUAUUCAUGGUGGCCACACUGCUAAGAUUUCUGACUUUUCUUGGAACCCCAAUCAGCCCUGGGUGGUCUGCAGUGUCUCUGAGGACAAUAUCCUACAAGUCUGGCAAAUGGCUGAGAAUAUAUACAAUGACGAGGAUCCUGAUACUCCUGCUCAAGAGCUUGAACAAAUGUCACACCAGCAGUAGCAGCAAUGAGUCAUGAGACUAUCACAUGACAAUACUUGCUGUACAAACAAUCUCUCUUUUCCUCUCUCUCUCUCUCUCUCUUUCUCAUUUUACACACUU